AUGAUACUAACGACAUAUUUUAUUCGUACUGUACUAGUUCUACUCGAUUUAUUAGCAAGCCAAUCAUUUGCUCAGGAGGAUCCGAGUAAUGUAGCACAAUGGUUUAAGGAACGGAUUCAAAGGAUUCAAAUGGAACAGAAUUUCGAAAAUAUUCUCAUUAUUCGUCGCAAUCCAAAAGAUUGUUUUCUGGAGAAUUUACCAAACAUUUUGGAACAACCAAUAUGGCUUUCUGGUGACAAUAAUACUUUCGAUUUAAAACAGAAAUUCAAUAGCGAAGUUUUGGCACUGGUAUGUCAACAGAAGCAGUUCGAUAUACUCCAACUAAAAUCUUUAGCUAUAAAUCUAAAUAACAUACGUCAUACACGUAUCAUUAUUUUGGCAAAAGAUUUUUCUCAACCACAGGAUUUAUACGAACCACUCAUGAGAUAUAGUCCAUAUCCAGAUUAUCAAGUAACAGUUCAAACAUUUCAGAACGCAACAGAUAUAUUUCGAAAAUAUUGGUUAAAUUUUCGAGGUAAAAUUUUGUAUACCUUACCAGAUCAAUAUGAACCUCGUACUGUGCUCUACAAGGAUCUUGAUGGAGGAAACAAAAUAAGUGGUUACGUUGCAAAAUUAAUACAAUUGUAUGCUAAAAGAUAUAAUGCAUCACUGCAAUUUCUUUUUCCUCUUAAAAUUGGACAAAUUAUUCAUUCCAAUGCUAUGAAAAAGUUUUCAGAAAAUCGCACUUUGGAUUUACCAAUGAGUAUAACAACAAUUGAAAAUUUGCAAACCUCUCAUGAAGUUUCGUAUCCAGUUGAAAUGAAUUCUUUAUUAACUAUGGUGCCAGCAACAGGAUCAAUAUCCACGGAAAAUAUUUACCUUAUAAUUUUGGGAAAAAAAUUAAUAAUUGUGCUAAUAUUUAUGAUUUUCAGUUUUUCUGUGCUUAUUACUAUUGCCGAUAUACUACCAGGAAUUUUAGGACAAUCUUAUGUACUGCAUACUCAGCCUAAACCAGCUCAGAAGUUUGUGUAUUUAUCAAUAUUUGUAUUGGGUUUAACACUGAAUACAUUAUAUGCAGCUCACUUGAAAACUCUUAUUACAAGUCAUCCAUCAUUGAGAGCAAUAAUGAGUUUCGAUGAUUUACGAAAUAUGAAUUUAAAUAUUUUAGUUGAUGAAAUUGACGUAAAUCUUACUGAUAUUAUUAGAGGCCGUCAAGUUCUGGACAAAAUACGGGACCUGAUGAAAAUGACAGAUACCGCAACUUUUCGAUCUCACCGCUCUAAUCUAAAUACUUCUUAUGCUUAUACAGUACCAUCACCAAUUUGGAGAUGUUUUGAAGAACAACAACAUUUUUUUACACGUAAGCUUUUUUAUGCACCUAAAUCAAUGCUAAUUUUGGAAAUGACGCAUUCCGGUAUUCCAUUACAAAAAAAUUCUGUACUUAAGGAAUCACUCGAUCAAUAUAUAUACCAGGUACAUGCUGCGGGCUUUUUAAAAUAUUGGUACGCAAACACGUUUCGUGAUAUGGUCUCAGCAAAAAAAAUCGCUAUCACUGAUAGAUCUGAAAUAGAAAAGUUUAACAACUUAAGAAUUCAAGAUUUGUAUUGGAUAUGGAUAUUAAUUGGAUGUGGUUAUAUGUUGAGCACAAUAGCUUUCUUGGUAGAGUUGUGUCUCAGCUUCAUCAAAUCAAAGCUAAGAGAAAUUUAA